UUCAAGGUCGCAACAAACACGUCAAAUGGAACCUUAGAUCACAUUCGAAGAUUUCAAAGCAACACAAAUGUGCAGGAUCUUGCUGCAUCUACCACAAACGACAUUGAGUUCUCUUGACACAUACGUGUAAAAGCUAUCUUUCGAAUGUACUACCUCCAUAUAUACUAUUUCACUCAAAGCCAUGAACUCAAAGAAGCAGCACCGUAGACAACAACGCGUCUACGCGGCUUACCGCAGUAUCUUCAACGAAUCAAAGGCAAAAAUCCGCAGCGAGUGGCGAAUCCGCAUACAGGUGGCAAAACACGAAGGUAUUCUGCAGUCUCUCAGUCCCAUGACAAUCGAUGGUAUCUUGGAGCAAGUUUGUUUCCUGUUGAGGAAUGGAGUCUUCGAGUCUGAAAUUAAAGCGCGUCUCCUGUUUCCAGACCUCUUCCCGUCUCUUCCGCUAGGAGACACUGUCGAGAAGACUCCCAGGAAUGAGACUGCAGAGUCUGUGGCUAGAGCAUCUAGUUCUAAGCCCUCGGAUGAAGCCAAUGGGGACGAAUCUGAUGACUGCCAUGCGGAAUCUCUGGAGGCAGAUCAUGUGAAAGAUACGAUUCGUGGGGCAGAGAAGAAUUGUAAUGACGAGGCAUCAUCGGCAGAAGACGUAGUUGGCGAAAGGGCAAUUGUUCAAGAUGAUACGUCAGACAAGAUCAGUAUGGCAGCGAAUCUGCUAUCUGCGACUGAUAGACUCCCCACCCUGAGUCCUGUACAUAUCCAGUAUAAGAUACAGCACUUCCUACUCGACGAGAUCGAACGACAACUCAAGGUAUCCUGCUUCAAUUCGGUUCAUACAACGGAACCACUCGUUCUGGAAGAGCAGAGUAUCAAUUGCCCGGAGGCUUUGGACUUAGAGAAAUGGUUGUGGCUGCUACAAAAGCUUAGCAAGCAGCUAUCUCCUUAUCUAUUCAACUCGGCCAAGCAGGAGCUGAAUGUCACAUUGGAAAAGGCUCAGAGGCUGCAUGGGCUUGUUGUUCGUCAAAUCAAGCUCGCCGCUACAGAUAUUGUUAAUGCAAUUGAAAAUGCUGCUGCAUUAGCCUUUAUACUCAGAGAUCACGAACGAGCCACGCUUUUUAAAAAGAUAUCUGCAGAAGUCUGCUAUACGGCGGAGAUCAUGGUGCAGAUGAAGAAUGAUGCUGAGGUAGCAACAUCUAGGAAGCUACUGGAGAUCCAGCGUAAGCGCGGAAUGCUUGACAUGGAGGAAAAGGCAGCUAUCAACAGUAUGCUGGAGCAUGACGCAGAAAAUACGGCCACGAUGAACAAAUUACUAGAAUUAUCACUUAGCGAAUUACUCGUUACAUCUUAGGAGCAAAAGGUAGAAUUACUGAUUUCAUCGCAUGGGGCUGUGGACGAUUCGCAGCGCCUUUUCUCCGAUGAGACUUCUGAAAUCGGAGGGGAGUGAUGAGAGAUCCUGCGAGCGGCGGGGAAGUUGACACGAGACAGG